AUGGCGGGGUCGGACGAGGUGAACAGUCGUCCGGUGGAGAACCACGAGAACGCUAAGAUACAGCUGACUGGUGCAGAGCUGCAAGCACUAGUUGAUAAUGCUGUUACAAGGGCUUUAGAUCGACAAAACAGUGAGUAUAGUGAGACUCACAGUAGGACCCUGUCCACACCGCACACCAAGUCAAAGACUCAUUCGGAGGGUCACAGCAAGCCACCACCUACCCCACCAAGGUCUAAGAAUAGUGAGUCUAAGAAAGAUGAUGAUAGACACUCCUCAAACCAUAACAGUGUUCCACCCAAGAAGAUAGUGUUUGAUGAUGCCCCACGUACCAAGUCCUAUGUGUUUUCCAAGACAGUGAAUAUUGGAGCCACUUUGAGUGUGAAAACCAUCAGUGGGGAGGUCUCAGUCAUUGCCAUGAGGGCAGCUGUGGAUGACAUCAAUUCUGAUCCCAACAUUUUGCCUGGAAAAACAUUGAAUCUUUCGGUUCAUGAUGCAAACUUCAGUGGCUUCCUCAGUAUUGUUGAUGUGUUGAAGUACAUGGAGGCCGAUAUGGUGGCUGUCAUUGGUCCAUUUAGUUCUCGAGUGGCUCAUGUAGUUUCAAAUGUGGCAAAUGAACUCCAUGUCCCAUUUUUAUCAUUCUUAGCAUUAGACCCCACGCUUUCACCUCUUCAGUACCCGUAUUUCAUCCAAACGGCCCCUAAUGAUCUUUAUCUGAUGACCGCCAUUGCUGAAAUGAUAAGUUAUUUCAGUUAUCGAGAAGUAAUCGCCAUAUAUACAGAUAGUGACCAGUUUAGGAACAGCAUGUACAUAUUAAGUAAUAAACUAUGGGAGAAACGUUGUAAGCUUUCUUAUAAAAUACCAUUGCUAGAAUUCUCAUCUCCACAAGAUAUUCGUAGUGUGUUAGCUAAUGUUCGGUCAAUGGAAUCUCGUGUCGUUAUUGUACAUACUUACGCUAAAACAGGUCUUUCGGUUUUAGAAACUGCUAAGAGGCUUGGCAUGAUGAAAAAAGGAUAUGUUUGGAUUGCAACCACUUGGUUAACAAAUGUUUUGGAUGCUACUGGUUUUUCUUCUAUAAGUCCAUCAGAUAUCCAAGGGGUUCUCACGCUUCGGCCUCACAUACCAGAUUCGGAUAAAAGACAAGAUUUUGAAAGAAAGUGGAAGAACUUGAGUAACGGGUCAAUCGGGUUAAGUGCGUAUGGUUUAUAUGCUUAUGAUACAGUUUGGAUGGUUGCACACGCCCUUGACAAGUUUUUUAAUGAAGGUGGUAAAAUUUCUUUCUCCAAUUAUUCUCGUGUAAAGGGAACUGAUGGUUUGAAUUUUGAAGCGCUUGGUAUAUUUGAUGGAGGAAAACAGUUGCUUACCAACUUAUUGCAAACAAAUAUGAGUGGUCUCACUGGCCCGGUUGGGUUCAAUCCUGAGCGGUCUGUGAUCCACCCUUCUUUUGAUAUAGUUAAUAUGGUUGGGGACCAGAGUUGGCUUCUUGGAUACUGGUCGAACCACUCCGGGCUUUCCAUUCAGUCUCCAGAGACUCUUUAUGCAAAACCAUCGAACCGUUCUUCUUCUAAGCAACAUUUAAGAAGGGUUGUGUGGCCCGGGAAUACAACAGAAAAGCCUCGUGGAUGGGAAUUUUUAAACAACGGGAGACCGUUAAGGAUUGGAGUUCCAUUGAGAGCUAGUUUUAAAGAAAUUGUUACACAGGUCAACGGUUCAAAUGAAAUUCAUGGAUUUAGCAUAGAUGUAUUUCUUGCCGCACUAAAGUUGAUUCCAUAUCCAGUUCCUUAUGAGUUUGUCAAGUUUGGGGAUGGUCAUAAGAACCCGAGCUACACCGAGUUUGUGAAUAAAGUUGCAUACAACGUCCUUGAUGCUGCUGUUGGUGAUAUUACAAUCAUCACUAACCGUACAAAGGCGGUUGACUUCACACAACCAUACAUAGAAUCAGGGUUAGUUGUUGUGGUCCCCAUAAAGAAACUAGACUCGAGGUCUUGGGCUUUCUUUCGGCCUUUUACUCAACUAAUGUGGGCCAUCACCGCGGUUUUCUUCAUCAUAAUUGGAGUGUGUGUGUGGAUACAUGAACACAGGUUGAACGAUGAAUUUAGGGGCCCACCCAAGCAACAGUUAGUCACCGUCUUGUGGUUUACUUUGUCAACUAUGGUUUUCGCACAGAGAGAAAACACGGUGAGCACCCUUGGUCGACUGGUUCUCAUCAUCUGGCUUUUUGUAGUUCUGAUUAUCAACUCAAGUUACACCGCCAGCCUUACAUCCAUUUUAACCGUUCAACAACUUUCAUCUCCCAUUGGAGGAAUCGAUUCAUUGAUCUCGACCAAUGAACGUAUCGGGUUUCAAGUAGGAUCAUUUGCUGAGAAUUAUAUGAUUGAAGAACUCAACAUACCAAAAUCAAGACUUAUGGCUCUUGGUUCCCCACAAGAAUAUGCCGAGAAACUUGGGGCAGGAAUAGUUGCUGCCAUUGUUGAUGAAAGACCUUACAUUGAUCUCUUCCUUUCAAGUAACUGCAAGUUUCAAGUUGUUGGUGAAGAGUUCACUAAAAGCGGUUGGGGAUUUGCAUUUCCAAAGGACUCCCCAUUAGCCGUUGACAUGUCAACUGCCAUACUUAAAUUAUCCGAGAACGGAGAGCUUCACAAGAUUCACGACUAUUGGCUCAAGAGAAAAACCUGCACCCCACAAAUCUCGGACUCAAACCAACUUCAACUAGAUAGCUUUUGGGAACUCUUUCUCAUCUUUGGGGGUGCGUGUGCUCUGGCUCUCCUUAUAUACUUUUGCAAGAUGAUUCGGGUGUUCGGAAAACACCAUUCUCAACCACAAGGCCAGUCCUCUAAAAGUGGAUCCUGUUCUGUGCGAAAGUUUUUAUCUUAUGUAGAUGAGAAAGAAGAAGAGGUAUCAAAGAGCAAGCUGAAGAGAAAGAGAGAGAUGUCUUACGUCGAAGGUAGAGAAGUUGACUCCAGGAAUCGGUCAAACCGAAUCCAAGCCGAGUUUGAUGAAGAGUAAUGUGAAUAAAUGAUCCAACCCAAAUGCCUAGUGCAAAGAAAUUCAGUAAUUUUGUAUACUCAUAACAUGAACAGAUAACAAGUGGUAGAAUUUCGUUAAAUAUAUUCUAUUCUAUACAAUGCAGUGCCAGGCAGCAUGCACUACAAAUCUCAUGUAGGGGAAUAGCGUCACACACACAGUUGUCUGGCAUUUUUUCAU